AUGCAAUCAUCUCCAGCAAAAUCCCCCAUAAAACACAUUUCCAAUAGUCCAUGGCAUCAAUUGUCAACCAAUUUCAAUGCUGGUUAUGAAGACUUUGGCAACAGGGAACCCAUUGGUGCCCUCAACAUACAGUCAGGGAGAAAGAAGACAAAGAGCCCAAAUGAUUAUCUCCGGGAAUGGAUAUUCCAGACCGAUGAUUACCUCAUGAUCCUCCAUGAAUGA